AUGGUGCCCGACACAGCGACUGAAGACGAUGUCAAGCAGUUGCUCGCUCUGGCUGAGAAGUUCGGUGAUUCAGUUGCAGCUUCUCAGUACAAGGUGUGGCUUGCAGCUAAGAAGCCCAAGGAGACCCCACCAAAGCCCCUGGAAAAGCAAUCAGAAGAGGCGCGCCAGCGAGUUCAUUCCAUCGAGCGCCGCCUCAAAAAGGAGAUCGACGAUGUCGCCAGGGCUAAGAAGUGGCUGUGCGAAUGCGAAGAAGCUAUGGCCAAGCUCACGGACGAGCUGUCCACGGCCGACAAGGAGCAUAAAGCCUUGGUCGAGCGGCUUCAUCAUGUGGUGCACCCUGAUCCUCCUCAGUCUGUUGGUAAGCUCUGCCUUCGUGACAUCCUCGACGGCAAGGAAGGGGCCCUCACCAUUGACUACGGAGAAGGCAUCCUUGGCCUCGACGCCAAGGAGUACGAGUUAUCCGCCGACGACCACAUCCAGUUCGAGGCCAGGAAGCGCGAGCUGGAGCAGAGUGUGGUCGCCAUCACGAAGCAGUUGUUUGAGAAGGUUCAGCAGUCUGUGGACCAGAUCAAAGCCUCCCACCGCCAGCGCAUGUCCAAGUUACACAGGCGGAAGCCUGAAGAGACUUCCGUCCAGCCCGCCGAGAAGGUGCAGCCAGCAGCUCUGCAGGCGCCCACGGGGGAGCUCACGAGGCUGAUGCGCCACCGCACCAAGAUGUUCGACAGCUUGCGCAGGAACUGCUCGCCAACAGGCUGGAAGUCCAGGAUCGUCCCAGCGGCCCCAGGUAUUGGGCUCGGGACCUCUGGAGGCGUGGGCAUCUUCGUCAGGGACUUCUUGGGUUGUCAUGACGUCUCGGCUAAGGUGGGCCCCACUCUGGUUCCCCACCGUGCUGCCUCAGCUAUUGUUCAGAUCCCAGGCGGAGUCUCUAUCCUUGUGGUCUCCGCGUAUCUCAGGGACUCCGAGGGCCUCUCCGAGUCCAAUAUGGGUAUUUUGUGCAAGCUUCGUGCUGAAUUAUCCUCGUUGCUUGGGCCGUUCAUCUUGGGUGCGGACUUCCAGAUGGAGCCUGACGUUCUGGCUUCAUGUGAUUUGGUCUCGGUGCUCAGUGCCAACCUGGUCGUGCCUGAAUCCAAGGGCACCUGCGUGUGCACGAGCAAGGCAUGA